AUGCCUCGAACCACUGCCCCCUCGGAGAUUCCUCUCCCAAUCACCUACACUCCCACCACCCAUCGCAUCAGCAAAGCAAAGAAAGGGAAGCGCGUCCACGCCUGUGAAUAUCCAGGAUGCCAGAAAGUUUUCACGCGCGCCGAACACAAGAGGCGCCAUGAGCUCAACCACAACCCCGAGGCCCUCUACCGGUGCACUCAAACUGGCUGCAAGAAAUCAUUCCACCGUCCCGAUUUACUUGCACGACACAUGGAACGACAUGAACUUGAAGCUCAGAUGGAUUCUUCAGCGCAAUGGGAACGUCACCCACCUGCUAGAUCCUCUGUCGAGCAAUACGUCCCCAGAUACACCAUGGUUUCCCCAGACCAAGCGCCAUAUAUGGCUAUGCCACAACCUCAGAACCCAAUUCCCAAGGCAACAGCAAUCCACCCCGAACUCGCGAUUGACGGGAUACUAUGGAACUCAAUGGAGAUGCCUUCAGAACACCAGACACAUAUUAUGUCUGCUCCUCGUAUUCAAGAGCCCACGGAAGAAACCCGAUUUUACUCAACACCCGAAGCCUGCUCGUCUCCAUCUUCGGACGGCACAACGUACUCUGUUCCCUCAUACUCCGGUUCCUCCGUUUCAUCUACCCCGCCUGGCGUUGUCGACUCAUAUCCAGACCCGGUCAUCGACUCUGAAUUGACAUCAUCUCCGGUCUCUAUGCACGCAACACUCGAUGGCUGGGAUCGUCAUGACAACAACAGCAACAACAACGUGGCCCCGGCUAACAUGGUUCCCAUGUCGAUUCCCGACAGCCUGAUCCAUCCAGCUCUACACUACCAGUCACAAUCAUGGCCCAUGCCACAACAAAUGAACUAUGCACCAGUGCAUUACGAAGCGGCGGGCGAGAAUAAGAACUCCAGCUGGUCCCUGUGA